AUGGCGACCUUAUCGAGUCUCGGCGUCAAUACGACGAAUUCUGCAGUUGUCGCCUGGUGUUGGAAUGAUGCGACACGCUUCCUGGCCGAACCUGAUCCGCAAAUCAGGGACAUCACCUUUACGACGCGCUUCGAUAGCAUAGCAACAUUCUUUCAAUUAAAUAUACCCAUCAGAAUCAAGGGAAUCAAGACUGGCACCACUUUGAUUCUUCGAAUAUCCCCUUCGUUCAUCUCUUCGUGUGAAAUCACUCGAAAUCCCACAAUUCCCAGUGUUGUGCGGGACAAAUUCCACUCCAGUACCCUUUGUCUCAACUUUUGUCUCAAUACACAUCCCGAAGUCCUCGUUUCAGCAGAAGCCCAAGAGCCGCUGGCUCCUCUGCGCGCACAAUCGGGAACGGUUCUGGACUCGAUCCACGAGCUUGCAAACAUUACCGCGCUUUCGAUCUAUAUCAAAGACUCAGGCACAUCAACAGCACAACUCCAACCUGUCUGCGAUGCUGUCAGCAACGGUGUUUCGCUCGUUGUUCAAGAUGAUCUUGCCAGCAUGUACAGUGGUGCGGGCGCCAAAGUCGUCACACUUCCCGCCCCCCAUACAGACGUCCCCCGUACAGACGUCCCUCAUACGGACGUCCCUCACACAGACGCUCCCCAUGCAGAGUUACCACCGCCAUCGUACGAUCAAACAGAACCCCCACCUCCCCACGCACCCAUUUUCGAAUCACGCAAGCGGCGACGGCCUAAAGAUCUACGAGACGAACGCGACGAAGACAUCGCUUUGAUAUGGGCCCAGUUGGAGACGAUGCAAGCCCGAUACGGGGCGGAGAUCAAGGCCCUUCGGGAAGAAAACCUAGAUCUAAGGGAAGAGGUAGAUGACUUGCGAAAACAAGUCGCUGCCUCUGACAAGCGACACAAAGAUCUUCAAGAGGAAUUUGACGCGCUGGAAACGAGAACUGAGAUUAAGGGCGAUGAGUUGGGCGAUGAAAUGGAUAUCAAGAUCAUUGAUGCGAGGUCCGAGAUACAGGACCUGGCCGAGAGCUUCAAGUCUGUAAGAGAGGACGUUGACCAGGAUAGGUUGGUUGAUCGUGUCAAAUACAAGGUGCUUGAGCAUAUCAGGGCAAGUUUGUCUUUUGACAUGCCACCGGCUGACUGA